UAAGGGUGAGAGCCCAUGGUGCCCUCCCUGAGCUCUCCUUUCUUGCACGCAGUGAGCCAGCCCACAACGUCGGAUGAGACCGUGGUUGCUGGAGGCACAGUGGUGCUGAAGUGCCAGGUGGAGGACCCCGAUGACUCCUCGCUGCAGUGGUCCAACCCUGCCCAGCAGACCCUCUACUUUGGGGAGAAACGAGCCCUAAGAGACAACAGGAUCCAGCUGGUGAGGUCCACACCGAACGAGCUGACCAUCAGCAUCAGUGAUGUGGUGCUGUCAGAUGAGGGGGAGUACACCUGCUCCAUCUUCACCAUGCCUGUGCGGACCGCCAAGGCCCUCGUCACCGUGCUGGGAAUCCCUCAAAAACCCCAAAUCUUUGGCCACGAACAGCCCAUCGAUGAGGAGAAAAUCGCCCGGUUGACGUGCCGGUCCUCGGGUAGCAAACCUGCAGCACAGCUUCGAUGGAAAAAGGGCAACAAGGAGCUGAAGGCUGAGGGCACCGAGGUGGUGGAGGACUCCAAUGGGAAGACGUUCACCGUCAGCAGCCGAGUGGAGUUUCGUGUCACCAAGGAGGACAACGACGCCGAGGUGACCUGCACGGUGGACCACGAGUCCUUGCAGAACUCUGAGAGGUCAACCACACAGAAGCUGCAGGUCCACUACAAACCAACAGCGAAGAUCGAACCUCACCCGCAGUACCCACGGGAAGGAGAGAAGCUGCAGCUGCAGUGUGAUGGGCAGGGCAACCCCGUCCCCCAGGAGUUCCUAUGGGAGAAGGAGGGCAGCGACGCUCCUCUGCAGCUGAGCUCCGACAGCAUCCUCAUCUUCCCCUUCCUCAACAAGAGUGACAGCGGCACCUACAUCUGCACGGCCACCAGCUCCAUGGGCAGCGUCAUCGCCAAGUACAACCUGGAUGUCAGCGAUGCCAGUCCUGUGCCAUCGACUUCCAGCACAUACCACGCGGUCAUCGGCGGAGUGGUGGCCGUCAUCGUCUUCCUCCUGCUCAGCCUCCUCAUCGUGCUGGGACAUUACCUGAUCAGGCACAAAGGUAUGUGCAUAAGACACGGGGAGACCACCACAGCCAGACCGCAGCAAAACCCACCCGAGGUGGUGAUGUGCACCUACCUGACCCACGAGGCCAAGGGCUCCGAUGACGCUCCGGAUGCCGACACGGCCAUCAUCAAUGCGGAGGGUGGCCAAGCGGGUGGCGACGACAAGAAAGAAUAUUUCAUCUAAAAGGGCAUCGGAGAAGGGUGAGAAAUGGAGCCUGAAAACCCAGAUGGAAACAGAAACCAGACCACAAACCCCACUCAAACCCAACAGAUUUACUCUCGUGCCCGGCACGGGCGGAUGGACGGAUGGAAGGACGGACAAGAGGGAUGGCGGGACAGAGAGCAGAGAGCGACCGGCUGAGAUGUGAUGAUGCUUCUUCUUGAACUUGUACAAAACGUUGUUACUACGAACAGCGAAAGCCCCGUUUGCUUGCUUGCACCUCCAACCCCGCGCCCGGCGCUCGCGCGAAACACAGACCAAGCAGUGAGUGAGCGACGUUCCUUCUUCCUUUGGACCUUUGCUUUGGUUUCGUGGCUGCUCUCUUUGCUUUGGGCCCUAGGUUGGGGUGUUGGGCUGGGGUCGAUGUAGCUCUUUCCUUUCGUUUCUCUUCAGUUUGGGGGUCUUCGUUUUUGAUGCCCAAGGAUAAAAUCAGCUCCAGGCUCCGCGCCGGCGGUGAUGCCACCAAGAGCUGGGACCUCUCUGUUGUCCCUGGUCCAUAGGGACGGGGUGUGCCGUGGACCCCCGUAUCCCUGCCCUGAUUUUAUCCUUGGUGGUCCUCAUCCGACAGUGUCUGUUGGGGAAGAGGGCUGUCCUUGUCAGUGUGUGAAGUGGGGUGAGAUUCCAGGGUGGGAACUGCCAAAGCCCCCGGAGAUGCUGGGAGCUGCCGGGCACCGCGGCUGCCUCAUUCCCACCCAAUUGAGGGGGGAGGGCUUGGGAGGGGGCAAAUUGAGGGGGAAAAAGAAGAAAAAAGAGAAAAAAAAAGAAGCCCCAGUUUGCAAAUUGUUAGAUUGGAGACGUCGAUUCAAACCAUCUAUUGAGAUGUUCAGUGCUGGGCCAUCACCAACACCUCCUCGGUGGCCCCGGGAGCCUCCAAAUGGUGUUUUGGGUCCUAAGAGUAACUUUGGUGAGAUGGGGAUGGCAGCUCUGCACCCCAGCAGCGAUGUGAGCUGUGGGUUCCCUGCUCCAGGUGCUCCUCGGGGCUGCCCCUGUCCUUCCCAGCCCCUUCCUAUGGUUGGUGCUGAGCUGGAAGAGGCUCCAUUGGCUCCAAGGGUGGCUGAGAUGUUUGGGUUUUGUGUCCCGGUUGCCUGGGGGUCUCCAAAGAGGUUUGGUGGGCACUUGCUCAACCUUGGGAGAAACCACACCUCUUCCAAGCUAGAUGGGAACCAGAAGUUUGAUCCAGCCUCCCCAUUACACUGCUAGGGUCACCAUGCUCCCCUCAACCCCACAUCUAUAGGGCCAGCCCCCUCCCCUCCCCUUCCCAGGUGCUGGCAUUGCAUGGUCUGGAUGCAAGGGGCUCAUAGGAGCCACCUGUUGGCUGAGCACCCCAUCACAUUUUGGGUGCCCAGAGGAGCUGAGCCUUUAGUUUAGGAAUGGUGUGGGGUGGGCAGCUCCAUCUUAGAGGUAAAGGAAGAAUUGGGUCCUCCACUGCAGAGUGUGGGGUGGAAGUGCUGUUCCCACACAGAGGAUGAAGAGUGGAGUGGUGGAUGGGAAUUGGAGCCAACAUGGCUUGGUGGGAACAAGGGAUGUGUCCACGGCACGUGGCUCUGUCACUCCAUCAGCUGAGCCUUGAGAGGGAUGCAUGAAGCCUUCACCACCCCCCAGUGAGGAAAACCUUUGGGUUCUUCACUGCCAUUUGCCCCUUCCAUCCCCUUGGAGGAGGACAUUGGCCAUGGGUCCCAAUAGGAGAAGGACAUUGGCCAUGGUCCCAGCGGAAGGACAUUGGCCAUGCGUCCUUAUGGGAGGAUAUUGGUCAUGGUCCCAGUGGAAGGAUAUUGGUCAUGGUCCCACUGGGAGAAGGAUGUUGGCUGUGGGUCCCAGUGGGAGAAGGACGAUGGUCAUGGGUUCCAACAGGAGGAGGAUGUUUACCAUGGUCCCAAAUGAGGGGAGGACAGGGGUCAUGGUCCCAACACGAGAAGAACGUUACUCAUGGUCCCAACAGGAGAAUAUUGGCGGUGGGUCCCAAUGGGAGGAUAUUGGUCAUGGUCCCAACAGAAGGAUAUUGGCCAUGGGUCCCAAUGGGAGGAUAUUGGUCAUGUUCCCAACGGGAAGAGGAUAUUGGCCUUGGGUCCCAAUGGAAGAAGGAUGUUGGCCAUGGGUCCCAAUGGGAGAUUAUUGGUCAUGGUCCCAAGGGGCAAGAACAUUGGUCAUGGUCCCAACAGGAGGAUAUUGGUAAUGGUCCCAACAGGAGGAUAUUAGCCAUGGGUCCCAAUGGGAGGAUAUUGGUCAUGGUCCCAACAGGAGGAUAUUGGCCUUGGGUCCCAAUGGGAGGAUAUUGGUCACGGUCCCAGUGGAAGGAGGAUACUGACCACGGUCCCAAUGGGGGCCCCGAGCUCCUGCCAUGGGACACACACUGUCACCAGAGGUCACACUGCCGACACGAUGCCGUUCACUUCACUGCACACACAGAGCAUGCACAGCACGUGGGCUUCUCCGAAGGUCUUCACCAUCCACCCUCGAUAGGCGUGAUUCUUUCCAAUGAAACACGACAGCGUGUUUUCAAGUAUGGUUCCAUCUCACUGCACGUCUCCAUGGCGCAGAUUGGAGAGCAGGAGAUGUCCCGAAGGUCCGAGAGGGAAUUUGGGUCCCUGGAUAAUAAAAAGGGCUGUGGGGAUUUGUGGUCAGGACUCGGCCGUGGAGUGGUGGGGCCGUGGUUGGACAGCCCCCUGUGUGAGGGGUGGCAAUGGGGACACAGUGCCAUGGGUGCUGGGAGGGAGGGCUGGGGACACCGCAUCAUGCAGGGGGUGAUAUAGGGACUGUGCCCCUCACUGCUGGCACCCAGCGGAGCUGUGCAGUGUCACCACAUCCCUGGCAUCCCCUCCCAAAGCAUGAGGGCUGCGUUGGCCCCAUAGCCACCACGUUGCCACCAGAGCACCGGGAUGGGGACACGGGGCACUGAACUCUCAAUAGACCACGAAAGCCAUAUUAGUGCGGAGCUCUGAGCGCCGUGGGGCGGCCGUGGGGCGGAGGACGGGCUGUGUUGUUGUGCUGUGUUCUUGUAUGUACAUAAAGGGAGACAACGAACGUCGGUGUUACUUUAUAACCUUUCUAAUAUCCUGUGCUAAUCUCGGAAAAAUAAUCCUAUAAAAUAUAUCUGGAUUACACACCUUCA